AUAUUUAUGUUUUAAAACCAGCUGUAUUUCAAAAAAUGCAGAAAAGAAAUGCAAAUGUGCCGCUGAAAAAUGGAAAUAGUAUCCUGAAUGAUUGUAAUAUUAAAAACAAAGGAGGAAAAAGAAAAAUUGGAAAUAAUAGUCAUAAUAGUUUACCGGAUGAUAAAGUGAGGAAACUUAAUUUUGAAAAUCGGUUUAAACAUGAGUUUUCUGAAAAUUUCCUUGCAAAGUGGGGUGUUAAAUUCUCUGACGAUUUUUAUGAUUUCUAUUACUUUACACAGCAAAAUCCAGAAAGUGAUAUAGAUGCUGUGGGUUUAGCAUUCACUGGUCCAUAUGAUGUUUUAACUGGAAAAAUAAAAAAAGAAACUGAGCUGACUAAAGUUGAACUGUAUAUGCAUGGAAGAUUUUAUUAUGAUCUUCCUGAAAUAAUCACUUUACUUUAUUCCAAGGAUGAUGAUGGUUUUCAUAUAGGAUAUUUUAGAGAUGCUCCUGAUGAUGUUCCUCAGAUUUUAGUUUCAAAUCAUUCAAAAAAGAAUGGCGAUCUAUCAAUUUGUGGCGAUAAUAUAUUUGCAGCUGUUUAUGGUUAUUCAAAAAAACUUUUAUCUAAAGAAACAAGACUAACUAAGUCUAUAAAUUUGUUCAUAAAACAUUUGGAAUUAUUUGCUAAAGAUCAUGGUUAUUCAUUGGCUGCAACUAGUCAAAAAAUCAAAGAAAGAAACAAAAAAGUUAAAGCUAUCUGUCUUAAUAAAAUUGGUCUUGUGAUUCCAGUUGACAAAAAUGGCGUUGGCUACAGAGAACUUCCAUGUUCAGAAAAGGAAUUAAAAAAGUUGCUUCAAAAGAUUACUAAAGCAGAAAAUGAUGAUUUAAAGAAUGAGGCAUUCGAUGAACUUCAAGAAAUCAUUACUCUGGUUCAAUUUGCAAAUGACGAAUGUGAUUAUGGUAUGGGCUACGAAUUAGGUGUAAACUUGUUUUCGCACGGUGACGAAUCACUGAAUCGCAUCAUUCUUCAUUUGCUACCAUUAGCUUAUCGUCUGAUGGGCUAUGAACUAUACAGUGAUAUAUUAGAAAAGCAUUUAAUUGAUCGAAAAAUUUCGAGAUCAAUUUUAACUAAUGUUUAGCAGACAUUAUUAUGCUGGAGGGUCUAAUGUUUAGUAAACAUUGUUUAAAUCUAUCCUGGAUGAUCUACGUUUAGCAGACAUUGUUACUAAAUUAUGCUAAAGGAUUAAAAAGUUUCUAAACAUUAUAAUGUUGUACUAAA